CACAACUGUAAUUCUGUGGCCUAGCAUUAAAUAAAGGGACGGCUAUUUAGAUAGCUGUGACAUAGCGGGUGGAUUAAAGCGCACGACAUCGGUGUUGUAAUCAAAUAUAAAAGUAGGGGAAUACGGCUCCAACAAAUCUUAGUUGUACCGGAAGAAAAUUACUGUUAUUCUCUGAAAAUGCCUUCCUUAUAAUUUUCCAGGACGUAACGUUAGCUAGUGAUUCAGUGGGAGAGAUAGUCAGGCAGUUAAUGUAACGUUAGAUCGAUUUCUCAAUUCGUCGUGGGAAUUACCGUUUUCUUUUUGUGGUUUUCUAAUCCUAUUUGUUUUGAUAUUGUGUUAUUUACUCAACGUUUCGGAAUUAGUUGUUAGUCAACGCAAUACCGGGAUACGUAGUGUACUGGGAUGGACAAUGCCCAUACUAAGACCGUCGAGGAGGUGUUGGGGUAUUUCUGUGUGAAUGAGUCGACAGGCCUGAGCUGUGAACAGCUGAGGAAGAGCAAGGAGAGAUGGGGCCCAAACGAGUUACCGGCAGAAGAAGGGAAGUCGCUAUGGGAGCUGGUCCUGGAACAGUUUGAGGAUCUGUUGGUUCGGAUUCUUCUGCUGGCUGCCUGCAUCUCCUUCACUCUUGCCUGGUUCGAGGAAGGAGAGGGGACCAUCACAGCCUUCGUGGAACCCUUCGUCAUCCUCCUCAUCCUCAUCGCCAACGCUAUCGUUGGGGUGUGGCAGGAGCGUAAUGCUGAGAACGCGAUUGAGGCGCUGAAGGAGUAUGAGCCUGAGAUGGGGAAGGUGUACCGACAGGACAGGAAGAGUGUCCAGAGGGUCCGGGCUAAGGACCUCGUACCUGGGGACAUAGUGGAGGUGGCAGUGGGUGAUAAAGUCCCAGCAGACAUCCGGCUGACCUCCAUCCGCUCCACCACACUGCGAGUGGACCAGUCCAUCCUGACGGGGGAGUCGGUGUCUGUGAUCAAACACACAGACCCAGUGCCUGACCCGCGAGCCGUCAACCAGGACAAGAAAAACAUGCUGUUCUCUGGCACCAACAUUGCGGCGGGCAGGGCUAUAGGCGUGGUGGUAGCUACAGGGGUGCAGACUGAGAUCGGGAAGAUUCGCGACGAGAUGGCUGCUACAGACCCAGAGAGAACACCCCUGCAGCAGAAACUGGACCAGUUUGGAGAACAGCUGUCCAAGGUGAUCACAGUGAUCUGUGUGGCAGUGUGGGGUAUCAACGUGGGCCAUUUCAAUGACCCGGUCCACGGUGGCAGCUGGCUCAGAGGGGCUGUUUACUACUUCAAGAUCGCUGUGGCACUGGCUGUAGCUGCCAUCCCUGAGGGCCUACCCGCUGUGAUCACCACCUGCCUGGCUCUGGGGACCAGACGCAUGGCUCGGAAGAAUGCCAUCGUCCGCAGUCUGCCCUCUGUGGAGACCUUGGGCUGCACCUCUGUCAUCUGCUCCGACAAGACUGGCACCCUCACCACCAACCAGAUGUCUGUCCACCGGAUAUUUGUUGUGGACAGUGUGUCAGGGGAGCGAUGCGCCCUGAGUGAGUUUUCGGUGACCGGAUCGACUUACGCCCCGGAAGGGGAAGUGUAUAAGGAUGAGACGAUAGUGAAGUGUAGUCAGUAUGAGGGCCUGGUGGAGAUGGCCUCUAUCUGUGCUCUGUGUAACGACUCCUCUCUGGACUACAACGAGUCUAAGGGUGUGUAUGAGAAGGUAGGCGAAGCCACAGAGACGGCUCUGUGCUGUCUGGUGGAGAAGAUGAACGUGUUCGACACAGACCUCCGAGGACUGUCCGCUGUCGAGAGAGCUACUGCCUGCUGCUCGGUGAUUAAACAGUUGAUGAGGAAGGAGUUGACGUUGGAGUUCUCUCGUGACAGGAAGUCCAUGUCAGUGUUCUGUUCUCCCAACAAGCUCAGCCGCUCUGCCACGGGGGCCAAGAUGUUUGUCAAGGGAGCUCCGGAGAGCGUGCUGGAGCGCUGCCGUUGGAUCCGGGUGAACGGGGGCGCGCGGGUGCCCAUGACACCAGCGGGGCGGGAGCAGCUCCAGGGGACCGUCAGGGAGUGGGCCACAGGGCGGGACACCCUCCGAUGCCUCGCCAUGGCGACCCGGGACUCACCCCCCGAGAUACGCUCCCUCAACCUGGAGAACUCGGCUACCUUCGCCGACUACGAGUCGGACCUGACCUUCGUGGGCUGCGUGGGGAUGCUGGACCCCCCCAGGAAGGAAGUACUUGGUGCGGUCCGCAUGUGUCGACAGGCUGGCAUCCGGGUCAUCAUGAUCACGGGUGACAACAAGGGCACGGCCAUGUCCAUCUGUCGUCGCGUGGGCAUCAUCACGGAGGAGGAGGAGGAGGCGGGCAGGGACGACCCGUUCUCAGGGGGCCUGACUGGGAGGGAGUUUGACGAGCUGCCCCCCCACCUCCAGAGGCAGGCCUGUCGUACCGGACGCUGCUUCGCCCGCGUGGAACCCACACACAAGAGCCGCAUCGUGGAGUACCUACAGAGCCUUGAUGACAUCACAGCCAUGACUGGUGAUGGAGUAAAUGACGCGCCAGCCCUGAAGAAGGCAGAGAUCGGUAUCGCCAUGGGUUCAGGCACGGCUGUGGCCAAGUCCGCCUCCGAGAUGAUCUUAGCUGAUGAUAACUUCUCUACCAUCGUAGCGGCUGUAGAAGAGGGCAGAGCCAUCUACAACAACAUGAAACAGUUCAUACGAUACCUCAUCUCUUCCAACAUAGGAGAGGUUGUCUGUAUUUUCAUGACGGCUGCGCUGGGCAUGCCCGAGGCCCUGAUCCCAGUCCAGUUGCUGUGGGUCAACCUGGUGACCGACGGCUUCCCGGCCACCGCCCUGGGCUUCAACCCCCCUGACCUGGACAUCAUGUCCCGCCCCCCGCGCUCCCCCAAGGAACCACUCAUCUCCAGCUGGCUCUUCUGCAGAUACCUCAUUGUCGGAUGCUACGUGGGAGCGGCCACAGUAGGAGCUGCUGCCUGGUGGUUCAUGGCAGCACACGACGGACCCAAACUCUCCUUCUACCAACUGUCCCACUAUCUACAGUGCAGUGAAGGCCACGGGGAGUUUGCGGGGGUGCAGUGCUCAGUGUUCGAGUCGCCCUACCCCAUGACCAUGGCCCUGUCCGUGCUCGUUACCAUAGAGAUGUGUAACGCCCUCAACAGUCUGUCAGAAAACCAGUCCCUGCUGAAGAUGCCUCCUUGGUCCAACCCCUGGCUGGUGGGAGCUAUCUGUCUCUCCAUGGCGCUCCACUUCCUCAUCCUCUACGUUGACCCCCUGCCUGUGGUGUUCCAGAUCCGCCCCCUGUCAUGGCCACAGUGGGUUGUGGUCCUCAAGAUGUCCCUGCCUGUCAUCUUCAUGGACGAGGCCCUUAAGUUCCUGGCCCGGAACUGGAUCGAGCCGGGUACCAACGUCGAGCGCCAGGAGGAGGAGCGGGAGCGCCGGCGGAGGGGUCAAGGGCCAGGGGGCAUGACCGCCGCCGUGAGCAGGGCGUUCAAGGGCGUGUCCUGGUCGUUCGUUUUAAUGUCGUUCCCGCUACUGGUCUGGAUUUACAGCCUGGACUCUGAUAUUACUAACAUGUUCUAUGAGUGAAGGGGAGAAGAGGGGGUGGGAGGGGUUUGGGGAAGGAACUAUAAAAUAAAUAGGGGAGCAAGUUGAGGUGAAUAUGGAGUGCAGGGAAAGGAAAACAUUAAAAACAAUACAUUUUAGAGGGAUAAAGCCAGGGAUGAAAGGUGAACAAUCUGAGACGGUGAGAGGGAGUGAAGAGGAGGGAGCUGAUACAACCUAGCUCAGCACUCUGACUUUUUUUAAUACGGGCCCUGACCGUAAGUGAGGGAUUUUACAAAACUCAAGGUCCUAUUUAAUCAUGCCUGGUUUAACGUAUUACCGGAAUAGGUCUUGAAAAUACCAUUCCUCUUGUGCAGAAAGAGUGCACGUUUGGGUUCACGUAGCUCCUUGACAACACCAUUUUUACAAUGUGGGACAAAGCAGAGAAGAAACGCAACUUUGUAGUUGAUUCAAACUAUCUUUCUGGCCGCUCAGAAUGAGUGUUUUAUUUUAUUAUUUUUUCAAUUUAACUUCUCCCCAGAAAGCUUGUUUAGCGGAUUUGAUCGAAUAUGGCUGUUGCUUGUGUCUUGAACUCUCUCCUGCAUAUUUAUUCAAUUUUGAAAGGUAAAUUCCUGUCUAUAGAUGAUUUCUAACAUAAGAUAGUACUUAUUAAUUUCAUUCCAGUUUCUCUACCUGUAAGGUGACAGGUGGGAAGAUAGAGAGAAAGCAGCUUCUUCAGUCCAGUCUAGAGAAUGGAGGGAUGACUGGAUGGAAAGGGAAAGCUGAAGAAUCUUCCAGCAUCAGUCAGACUGGCCACACACUGACAUUCCAGCCAGCUUCAGAAAUCAAUCAAUAAUCAAUUAAUAUUUGAUUUAAUUUAGGUGUCAUCAAACUGUCUAGAGAAGAGGACAGCAGAGUACUUCUUUAAUGUGUAUUUCUUAGGGUUAUGGGCUGGCAAAGCUGAAUUUUGAAAAGUAAAAGAUUUUUCGUUCGUUUUCACUGCACUAUUCGUAUUUAUUAACGACACGGAAUUGUUUUCUUUUUUUGAUUUGUGUCAGAUUUUUCUAUGCCUAACUUCUUUGCUACAGAAUGGAUGUUGCCUCCAUGUAUGGUUCUGAUUAAGGUUGGCUACUCUUUAUGACAUCAUACCCUUUUGUCUCCUUAUCAUCAUGCAUGUUUGAGAUUGACUACUGGUACAUUGCAGAUGGACUGCUCAGAAUCACUGAUCUCCAAAUCACCUUGCAUUCUAAAUAACUACUCAUUAUGUGAUCAAGAUUAGCGAUUCUGCGCUGUGCCUUGCUCAAACACAUCCUCCUCAAACACGCUGACUGUUGCUCUAUACUAGAACUGUCCAGGUUGGGUAGUAAUGGGCUUUAGGUGCAGGCUUGGCAUCUUUUUGCGUUACCAGAUUCGUUCUGAUGUCCUCCACACGAUUUCAGCUGCGUCCUUAAAGUUCUGUCACAAUCCUCACGUAGGCCUAGAAGUAGUAGACUUGCCUCUCCGGAAGGCUCCAACAUCUCUGACAUUGUUGUCGGGCUGAGAAAUUGCAUCAUAUUUCAGCUAGGCUACUCUACCAUUCUACUAGUUGACCAUGUGUUUUGAUAGUCUUAACAGCCACUGUGACAUCACACCACGAACUAAAGGUACAAAGUUGUGUAGUCUGAUUAUGUGGACACCAAUACCACUUCCCCUAUAGUAGUGGGUUUGUUAGGGCUGGGAACACUUGUGUUUUAUUGACUACACACCAAAUUUGCUAACUCCCCCCUGCAACAUUGUUUUUGUUUAUUAUGAUUGAUAUAACUACUACGGUAAUUCUGAUUAAUUGUCGCUGUGGCAUCUGUAGUACCCCUACUGUGCCUGUAAAGAAUUAGGGGUGCAAUAUUAUUUUUUUGUAGUAAAGGGUUAUUAUAAAAAUCAUUAAUAGGUGUAAGAAUGAGAGGAGUGGAAAAGGGGGAUUAGGGAUGAGGGAGAGCUGCUGAGAGGAGAGGUCUCUUUUCUUUCCAUCUCUGUUUCUCUACUAGCGUUCUGCCAGUGCGCUCUGUCUUCAUCUGAAACCAAUAAGCAAAAUAAUUCUUAAAUUAACAACUUCAAAGGAAUAAACAUUGAGUGGAGUAAUUGGAACUCUUUUCAACAUUUAAUUUUGACUGAAUUAAAGUGGGAAUGUAUUUUGUUUAUUGUAAAUUGUUCCAUUGCUGUCUGCCACAUUACUGCUAUUUGAAAUAUGGAAAAUGCUUUAUGGGAUGAAAACAAUAAAAUUGUUAAUUUAAA